AUGCCGUUCCCUUUCGGCAAAUCACACAAGUCUCCGGUCGACAUCGUGAAGAACCUGAAGGACAGUAUGACGAUCCUGGAGAAGCACGACAUCUCUGACAAGAAGGCCGAGAAGGCGACGGAGGACGUGUCCAAAAGCCUGGUGGCCAUGAAGGACAUUCUUUACGGCACCACAGAGAAGGAGCCUCAGACUGAAGCUGUCGCACAACUGUCUCAGGAGCUCUACAACAGCGGCCUCCUCGGCACGCUCAUCGCAGACCUACAACUCAUCGACUUCGAGGGGAAGAAAGAUGUGGCUCAGAUUUUCAACAACAUCCUGCGGCGCCAGAUCGGAACUCGCACUCCCACCGUGGAGUAUCUCUGCACCCAACAGAACAUCCUCUUCAUGCUGCUCAAAGGGUACGAAUCCCCGGAGAUCGCCCUGAACUGUGGCAUCAUGCUGCGGGAGUGCAUCCGACACGAACCUUUGGCCAAAAUCACUCUGGAGUCAGACCAGUUCUACGACUUCUUCAGAUACGUGGAGAUGUCUACGUUUGACAUCGCCUCGGACGCCUUUGCCACCUUCAAAGAUCUUCUCACGAGACACAAAAUGCUGAGUGCGAAGUUCCUAGAAAAGAAUUAUGAGAAAUUUUUCAGAGAGUACGAGAAGCUACUUCUGUCUGAAAACUACGUGACCAAGAGACAGUCCCUGAAGUUACUGGGAGAGCUGCUCCUGGACCGACAUAACUUCAGCAUCAUGACGAUCUACAUCAGUAAAUCUGAAAACCUCAAACUCAUGAUGAACCUGCUGCGAGUCAAGAGCCGCAACAUCCAGUUCGAGGCUUUCCACGUGUUUAAGGUGUUCGUGGCCAACCCCAACAAGACGCAGCCGAUCCUGGACAUCCUGCUCAAGAACCAGACCAAGCUCAUUGAGUUCCUGUCCAAAUUCCAGAACGACCGAACGGAAGACGAGCAGUUCAACGAUGAAAAGACUUAUCUCAUCAAACAGAUCCGGGAACUGAAGCGGGCCCCUCCCCAAGAAACUUAA